CCAGACGACAUUGACUCUCCCCUGCAAACGGCGCGCAGCAGCGGUAUCCCGAUCGGCCUCAAUCUCGAUUGACGAGGCGACUCUCCGAUUACUCAGCGCUUGCCGCGAUUGACCCUGUCUCUGUCCCGGCCCGACUGCAACAACCGACCAUCAUGGCCCAAGAUAUGCCCCCCCGGGGCGGGUACGAGCCCGUCCAGUACAAGCGAAAUCUCCCCGCCAAGGGCUUCCGACCCGGAAUCCUCCUCCUCGGCAUGGGCGCCGUCAUGGGCUACGGUUGGUACAAGCUGGUUGGCGGUAUUCGAGAGGCCAAUGAGCUUGCUCGUGAGAAGAUGUGGGCGCGAAUCCACCUGAUUCCCCUCCUGCAGGCCGAAGAGGACCGUGACCAGGUGCGACGAUACUGGGCCGACCAGAAGCGCGAGAAGGAACUGUUGGGCGAGAACACAAAGGUCUACAACAGCGACAGAUUCGUGCGACCAACAUUUGCCGUCUCCCCGGCUCCUUCGAAAUAAAUAGAGGAAGCAAGGGUGGACGAAUUGGAAUUUUGUAUAUAUAUCAAUAUGAGUGUGUGCCACUUGUCGUCGGCUUGACUCCAUGGGCAAAAAUGAGAAGAAAAAUCAGAAUCAUGAGGGGGCGUGGUGAAUAUCUUGUUGGUCUCGUGUGUGCCAAGAUGCUCAAUUCACCAAUCCAGAACCGCUGUCUACCUAUUUAUGAGGAAGGGGGGUACAAUAAAACGUAUAGCUAAUGUUACAGAUGAACUCUUCACC